UUACAGUCCCUUGAGAUUCCGGGCACAGGUUCUUAAGACCUUCUGAGGUGUGUUUUAACCUCCUGGAGGGAGCAGGAGACGUGACUCACCUCACCCGGAAGAGCGAGCAUCUCCAGUGAGCUCUUGUGGCUCCGGGAGAACCCCGACGUUGCCUGGUAGAGUCCAUCCAGAAGGCGGGGUCUACUCUGGCUGGAUGGCGACCUUAGCUGCUGUACUGCUCUGAUACUUCGGUGGCUUAACCAUGGCCUUGCGGGCAGUGUGGCUCAUACGUCACGAACCAGGAACUCCUCUUGGUGGCACCGUCAGAUUCUCCAGAAGAUAUCCAACUGUUGAAAAGAGAGCCAAAAUCUUCAAUGGAGUGAAUUAUGUUCCUGUACCUGAAGAUGGUCCCUUUCUUAAAGCAUUGCUCUUUCAACUCAGAUUAUUAGAUGAUGAUAAGGACUUCGUGGAGAGGCGUGAUGGCUGUUCACACAUCAAUAAAACGUCCGUCUAUGGGCUUUCAGUAGGAGGCGAAGAGCUCUGGCCAGUCAUUGCUUUCCUGCGGAAUGACAUGAUAUAUGCAAGUGUUCCAUUAGUUGAACAAGUUCUGUCCCCUCGCCCACCUCUAAUUAGCAUUAGUGGUGUUUCACAAGGCUUGGAAUUGCUUUUGGGGAUACAGGAUUUUCUUUACUCGAGUCAGAAAAAUGACACUGACCUAAACACGAAAUUGAGUCAGUUGCCUGACUUGCUUCUACAGGCUUGUCCUUUGGGUACUUUAUUGGAUGCUAACUUGCAGAAUUCACUGAAUAGCAUUAACUUCAUGUCUGUGACUCAGCCGCAAAAACAGCCAGCCUGGAAAGUUGGAACAUAUAAAGGAAAAGCACAGAUUUCUAUUUCUAUCACUGAAAAAGUAAAAUGCAUGCAAUAUGGUAAACAGGAUGUAGCAGACACAUGGCAAGUUGCCGGAACCGUUGCUUGCAAGUGUGAUUUGGAAGGAAUCAUGCCAAAUGUUACCAUCAGCUUGAAUCUCCCUACCAAUGGGUCUCCACUUCAAGAUAUUAUUGUUCAUCCUUGUGUGACUUCUCUGGAUUCUGCCAUCCUGACCUCUAGUAGCAUUGACACCAUGGACGAUUCUGCAUUUAGUGGGCCAUAUAAAUUUCCAUUCACUCCGCCUUUAGAGUUGUUCAACUUGUGCCAUUACACUUCUCAGGUUCCUGUCCCACCAAUAUUGGGUUCUUACCACAUGAAAGAAGAAGGAGUACAACUAAAAAUAACAGUUAAUUUAAAACUACAUGAAAGUGUGAGAAAUAAUUUUGAAAUCUGUGAAGCUCACAUACCUUUUUACAACAGGGGUCCAAUUACCCAUUUGGAAUACAAAGCUAGUUUUGGUCAACUUGAGGUAUUUCGAGAAAAAAGCUUACUGGUCUGGAUUAUUGGCCAGAAGUUCCCCAAAUCAAUGGAAAUUGGUCUUUCUGGAGCUGUAACGUUUGGGGUGAAGGGUCAUAACAAGCAGCCAUUUGAUCACAUUUGUGUUGGAAAUACAGCUUAUAUAAAGCUUAACUUUAGGAUUGCAGAUUAUACGCUCACUGGAUGUUAUGCAGAUCAGCAUUCAGUUCAAGUUUUUGCAUCAGGAAAACCAAAAAUAAGUGCAUAUCGGAAACUAAUUUCUUCUGAUUAUUACAUCUGGAAUUCUAAAGCACCUGCUCCAGUAACAUAUGCAUCAUUGUUACCAUGAUUUUUUUCAUAUUCAAGAGGAUUUAUAUGAUGAGUCCACUGCCACAAUUAAAGAAGAAACAGCUGCAUUUCAAAGGGAUUCCGAUUCCAGAAGCUUAAUCGUGAUUGACAUGUUCUUAUUCUAAGCUGUAAGACACUCUAAGAGUCCUUUCUUUGGUUAAAACUUCAAUCAUUUUCUAAAAAAUUAUCUCACUAUGGAUUUUAUUCAUUUUCUUUGAUAGCUAUUCUUUGCAUUUUUUUUUAACUUGAAAGGUGCUUUGCAUGUGCAGUGAAUAUGAGUGUCGACUUCCAGGGAGAGAUUUGGACAUUGUCAGACCUGCUCUAGAUGCAGUAGUGCUAAAUUCACGUUUAGUGACAAACUAUGACUAUGAAAUCUGAUAUCUAAGUUGUAAUUAUUCUUACUCAACCCAAAGGGUUAAAAAACUUGUUUCAAAUAUCUGAGAAUGAACUCUAGAAAAGAUGGGUCAUGGUUUGAGUAGAGCCUUUUCUCCACUUUUUACUAAGCAGUGUUUUAAACCACACACUGUAGCAGCUAGACAGUGGGAUGUUUUCUGCCGUUAGAUAAUGGAGCAUGUCGACUUGGAAGCAAACAGGCUCCUUGGGCAUCCUUGGAACAUUUCAUUUUAUUUAAACCUUAGUCCAUCUCAGAAUCAUUUCCUUUCAUGCCACCUAAGUAUUUCUACUAUUAUAUGUGGUCUUAGAUUUCUUGUGCUGUGUUUAACAGUGGUCAUUUUGCACAUAGUAACCAUUGUCGUUGUUGUUGUUGUCAUUGUCGUUGUUGUCGUCGUUGUUGGUACAUUAUUUAAAAACCUUAACAAUCAUUUAUAGAUCCUCACAUUACCCCUGGGAGGGAGGGAAGUGGGGUUCUCACCCAAAACCUCUGCAUGGACUGCCCCCCUCACAGAAGUUGUCUCUAAGACAAAGGUCAAAACAGGGAUGUUAAUAAACAGUCCUCAGGUUUAAGGGACUUUUUAGGAUUACAUCUUAAAUUCCAACAAAUCAGAUUUAGGAGUUGCUGAAAGUGAAAUUGAUCCAUCCCUCAUGCAAACUUUGCAAUACUUUCCUGUUCUGACAUCGCUGAGAUAGUUAGCUGUAUUAUCAGAUUAGAAACCAUUGUACCAGGCUGCUGAAAGGAAAAGGGGGCAAAAAGCUAACCAUGGGAUGGAUCCUGAACCUUUAACCUGGCUGAAGUAUGUUGGUUGCUGUUAUGCAAAUACCUUCAAUCCUCUGCUAAGUUCCGUGGAAAUAAUUUCCUUGAAUGACAGGUUGAUUCAGCAAGGAUUCGGUCGCUGAUUAAUCCCCCUUUGAUCUAGGGUAUUUCCCUUAACCACCAGUUACCUCGUUCUGACAAAGUGCAACUGAGAUUAGGGAGAUCACUAGAGCACUCCCAGCCUGCGCAUCCAUUCUCUAUAACCUUUUAAAGCAAGGGCCAAGAAUGCAAUUUAGUCUCAGUUUUUGAAGAUGGAAAGUCUUGUCUGCUAAGUUAGAAAGUCAAUUGAAUACCAAAUGAAGUUUAUUUCUUACGUAAAAGAACAAACAUUUCUUCUUUGCUCUUCCUAACAAUGAUAUUAAGAAUCAUGGGCUUUGAAGAGAGAAAAAAACAAAGGCUACCUUCCAAAUGUAACUUCAUGUUUUGUUUCAUGUGCAUGUUUACUGCCCCCAGAUAACCCAAGAAUCAAAGGAGUAUCUACAGUUACGCUGAGAAAACACUUAUGUUUCAUGAGACUGCAGUGUCUUCUUGCCUCCCCAGACAUCCCCAGCAGAAAUGAAAAAUACACUGUGUAGCACAGAAUUCCAGUUAAGGAAACAUGCAGCAUUCAGUCUUGUUAGCUUUUCUUUCCUUAAGAAGUAGCUCCUCAUAGUCUCACUAAAUAAUCACUGCAUUCAUUUCCCAUACUCGAUAAUUAUUCUGUUAAGUGUUUCUGUCUUUUGUUUUAUCUUUUCUCCCAUAUAUUUAAACUUUGAAAUAGUCUGUGCAGUUUAAGGAAAAAAAUUCAGGUUUCAGGUAUGUUUCAUGCUGUUUUUCAAAGAAUUCACUUUUUAAAACUAUUAGUAUUUUA